AUGAUUGAAUUACCGGACUUAUUUCAUGAAAAUCGAAUUUCUGAAUUGACAUUAUCUUUAAUUCUUUAUGUACCUAUUGGUCUUUGUCUUGUACUUAUUCGUUCUAUUGCAUUAAUAUUUUUAUUCCUUAUUUCAUCUAUAUUACCUGCGAGUUUAUCUCUUGAUCAAUUUAUAAAUAAAGCUAUAAGCUUUAUAUUAACAUUUAUCUGUGUUGAUGAAGCUGUUCAAAAUCGAAAUGAAGAUACAAGAAAAAUAACAAAGAUUAUUGUUGCUAAUCGAGUAUCUUGUUUGGAUUUAAUUGUAUUGAGAAAACUUUUUUUUAAUAAUAAAUGUAAAAUGGUAAAUUUAUGGGAAGAAACUUCUUGGAUUAAUUAUUUCAAAUUAAAUUUAAUUAAUUCUGCUCGUACACAAGAAGAUUUAUUAGAUUUAUGUGUCAAUGAAAUUCAAUAUUCUGAUUAUCAACUUCUUUUCGUACCUGAAUGUGAACCAACAACUGGUUCAGAUGGUUUAUUAAAGUUUAAUCUUUUGCCAUUUAGUCUUGCAAAAAAGCUUCAAUUAUCUAUUCUACCUAUCUGUCUUCGUACUUCUCGUGCAUUUAAAAUUAGAACUAGUACUUUCAAUAGUCAUCCAUUUACUGAUCUUUUCUGGUUUUUAUUCAGUCCUUAUACACGAUUUCAUAUAAAUUUUUUAUCAAUUGUUUCUCCAACAGAUUUAUCUUCCGAUGAAGUUUUUUGUGAACAAAUUCGAGAAAAUAUAUGUCGAACAAUAGGUAUAGAAUUGACUCAAUUUGACGAACAACAAGUAUCUGAACUUAAAAAACGACCUGAUCUUGUUCAACGUCGACAUGAACAACGUCGAGCUGAAUUUCAACAAAUGAUUAAUCUUGUUCAUCAACAAGUACCUCUUGCAUCGUUAGAAGCUAUUCGAUAUGAUCUUGAAAUAACAAAAAGUGUUCAAAGAACAAUUGCAAAUUUAAAUGAACGUGUUGCUGCAGCAGCUCGAGCAGCAAAUAAAUCAACAUCAUCAACUACAUCUUCACAUGCAAUAACAAAAUCUUCCGGUGGUAGUAAUCAUCGUCAAGCGUAUGAACGACUAAAACAAGAAUUAAUUGAAAAAAAUAGACAAUUAUUUUUAAAUAAAAACGUUCAUGAUAAACGAUUUCGUUCUUCAUUUCACAGUGUUAUUAAUGAACUUCGAAAUGAAAAACGUAUGCCUUUAUCAAUUUUACAAUCAAUGCCACGACAAUGCUGCACAUGUCAUAAUGAAAAUGAAGAAAUAAUAGAAAUAAGAGUUAUUACAAACGAAGAAAAUGAAUUAACAAAAUUAAAAAAUCUUAUUGAACGGGUUAAUCAAGAAAAACAAGCCAAUCCAAAAUUAAUUUUAUCAUUAAAUAUAUUGGAAAAUCUGAUUGAAAAAAAUCGAAGUUCUAUUCCAGUGUCAUCAAAACCAUCAUCAAUUAAAAAACAAAAACGACGCAAGCCAUCAUUCGAUCACAGUAAUAGCAGUUCUUCAUCAAGUUCGGAUGAUAGCAGUUCUUCAUCAAGCUCAACAACUAGCAGUUCUUCAUUGAGCUCAAUAACUAGCAGUUCUUCAUCAAGUUCAACAACUAGCAGUUCUUCAUCAGAUGCUAAUCAUAAAACUUCAAUGAAAACAAUUAAAAAUGGAACAUUUCUUUUCUUACCAUAUACUCUCGAUCAUAAAGCUAAAAAAAGAAAUUCUGAUUCUUUAUUAGAAGUAGCCAAAGAGUUGCAAUGUAAACGGUUUAUUGGUCCUAAUGGUCAUUUUUCUCUAUUAGAAAAACAAUAUAAUGUUCGUAUUAAUAUGAUUACAUCAAACACAAGUAAACAAGUUACAGAUGCACUUGAAAAUGCUAAAAAAGGUUUAGAGAAUCUUAAAAUUCGUAAUCAAGAAGAAACUAUGGGAAAAUCAGAAAACUUAGAAGGUGAAUGGGUUCUUAUUCGAUCAAAGAAAUCACAAAAUCAAACCAAACCAGAUGAUAUAGAACAAGUAUUAGAUGAUCUAAUAAAUCGAUGGGAAAAUUGUUUAAAAGUUAAAAAACGCUCAUUUGAUAAAGAGGAUGAUCCAGACGAUUCAAUUCAGAAAAAGAAAUAA